CAUUGGUUUAGGACGCAAAAUGCAAUACUCAGAUAUGAGGGAAUGGGCGAAUGAAAUUGUUGCGGUAUUUCCUAAAGAAAAGAAGGAAUUUUACUUUUGGGAAAGAAAAAUGGGAAAAAAGAAUCCGAGUGGUAAAUUGUUCUCGCGUUGGGCUAAUGUCAUAAAGCUGGAAAGCAAAGCCAAUUCUGCUACUCAGGAAGCUCAUGAAGAUGUUUUUGACGACAACGUUUUGGAAAAAAAGUGUUGGUUGGCACAUAACUGCACACCUUGGGAAAAAGUUAAAAAGUUUUGGGUAGAUACAUGCACGCUUAGAAAUAAAUGUAAGGGAUCUCUGUCGGAUUUGCUAGCAGACUGGCCGCGCUACAAUGAUUUUAACGGUUACGAAUUGGUUGAUAUUGAUUUUAAUGCCAUGCAUCCAGAUAUUGGAAACGAGCUGUUCUUAAAACUUGACAAGUUUUAUAAAGUAAUCCUUCCUAUCUUAAAUGCGGAAGUAAAAGACCAAGCCAGCCGAGAGUUAAUACUUUCGAAACUCCUUUACAAAGAUUUAUCAAAUGAUUCUAAAUAUUGCAUUGUGUUGUUACUGCUCCAUGCGGUUCUUCAACCACAGCGUCACAGUAAAACCCACAAACCAACGAUUGGUGACGCUCAAUCAGAGUUUAUAACACUAGCAACUACACCAAAUUAUAUAUUACCAAAGAUUUCGUCCAAAAUUGAGCAAUACGCGAUUGAAAAACAGCAAUUGCAGCCUCACAUCAUUGCAGUAGGUGAGGACUAUACAAGUAUAUCAGAAUUCUUUAUAUUUUGCGACGGGCUUAAGUGGAAGUGCCCGACUUUAAUGAAAUGCGUCGACUGUAUUAUAAAGUUAAGUUAUGUAUUCCAAAUUGAGUAUUCCCAUAAUAGCAAGCAAGUUUGGGUAUUUUUAGAACAAUACUUUUUUGGGCUUAAGUCUGAAGAUUUUCCUUCAGUUUCAAAUUUACUCAGCAAGUUAGAUAACUAUUUUUUUAUUUUCUUUCUUUUCUUUUUAAUUGUUAAAAAUGUCCAAAUUUGCUUGCUAUUUAUGUCACAAACCCCACUUAACUUCAUAUUUACUUAUAAAUCAUUUAAGAGAAGAUCAUGGGCUUCAGUCCAUAGCAAAAUAUGUUUGCAAUGAGGAAAAUUGCAAUCAAAUAUUUCACAAUGUGUAUAGAUUCCGAAAACACUUAGAAAAGCAUAAAACUGUGAGUUUUUCCUCGGUAAAUCAUGAUUUAGGUCAAUCUUUAGUUUCACAAGAGCCACUUACACAAUUACAGUAUGUGAUUUCUUAAUAAGCGAAAAUAAUAUAAGUAUUGUAGUGAAAAGUCAUAGUUUUCUAAAUUUUUCUGAGAGAUUCCAAUCAUAUUUGGUUGGCAGUGAAAAACAUAAUUACACUCUCAUCAAAUUUAAUUAUUUAGAUGGUCCGCCAAUAGAUUUUUAUGUUUUAAAUAAUGGUCUUA